AUGGCAAUCACUACAACUACCACUACAACAGCAGCAGCGGCAGCAGCCUCAGCGGCUGCUACUACCACCAUGACAGCCACCACAGUAGCUAUGACCACGGCCACCUUGGAUUUGCGAGACUGGCUUUUCCUCUGUUAUGGGUUAAUUGCAUUUCUGACUGAAGUAAUAGAUAGUACCAACUGUCCAUAUGUGUGCCGCUGUGAUAACGGCUUUAUCUAUUGCAAUGACCGUGGUCUAACAUCUAUCCCACCUGAUAUCCCAGAUGAUGCUACUACACUCUACCUCCAAAACAACCAGAUCAACAAUGCUGGGGUCCCAUCUGAACUAAAGACAAAGACCAAUGUCAGAGUUAUAUACUUGUAUGAAAAUGACCUUGAUGAAUUUCCAUUAAAUCUUCCACGCUCGCUCCGUGAACUCCAUCUCCAGGAUAACAACAUACGAAGUGUCACGCGAGAUGCCCUAUCACGCAUGCCAUAUUUGGAGAAGCUUCAUUUAGAUGACAAUUCUGUGUCGACUGUGAGCAUAGAGGAUGAUGCCUUCUUGGACAGCCGGCAGCUCCGACUGCUAUUUCUCUCACGGAACCAUCUCAGUAGCAUUCCCAAUGGCCUACCACACACAUUAGAAGAGCUGAGGUUGGAUGACAAUCGCAUCUCCACUAUACCACUCCACGCAUUUAAGGGGCUUAACAGCCUAAGGAGGCUGGUGCUGGAUGGGAACCUUUUGGCUAACCAGCGCAUUGCAGAUGAUACAUUCAGCCGUCUCCAGAACCUUACAGAACUUUCAUUGGUACGGAAUUCCCUAGCUGCUCCACCUCUUAACUUGCCCAGUGCUCACUUGCAGAAGCUCUAUUUGCAGGACAAUGCCAUUACCCAUAUCCCAUACAACACACUAUCCAAAAUGAGACAGCUGCAAAGACUUGAUUUGUCUAACAAUAAUCUUACUGCUCUCCCUCGUGGUUUGUUUGAUGACCUUGAGAACCUGAGUCAGCUCCUCCUCAGGAACAACCCAUGGUUCUGUGGCUGUAAUCUUAUUUGGCUGAGAGACUGGGUAAAAGCAAGGGCUUCUGUGGUCAAUGUAAGGGGUCUCAUGUGCCAGGGGCCUGAGAAAGUUCGGGGAAUGGCCAUUAAGGACAUCACCCAUGAAAUGGAUGAGUGCUUUGAAGGAGGGCAACAAAACAAUGCACCCUCUGUCCGUGCAACUCCCUCUAGUCCUGCAAUCACCACACCACCUCAAGGCUCACUGUUCACCCUCAAGUCUAAGAGACCAGGAAUUCGUCUCCCAGAAUCCAAUAUUGACUAUCCCAUGGAGACUGGAACUGCCACAAAAUCAUUGGUGAUCACUGUCAAACCACUAACAGCAGACAGCAUUCGCAUCACAUGGAAGGCAUCUCAACCUGCCAGUUCCUAUAGGCUUAGCUGGUUAAGACUGGGCCACAGCCCGGCUGUCGGAUCCAUUACAGAAACCUUAGUGCAGGGAGACAAGACCGAAUACCUACUGACAGCCCUGGAGCCCCGUUCAACCUAUAUAAUAUGUAUGGUGACCAUGGACUCAGGAAACUCGUAUCUUGCUGAUGAGUCACCUGUCUGUGCUAAGGCAGAAACAUCUGAUGUCUAUGGAACCACCACUACCCUAAAUCGAGAGCAGAAUGCAGACUCCCUAGCCGGACUACCAUUAGCCGGAAUAAUAGGAGGUGCUAUCACUCUUGUCUUCCUUUUUCUCAUAUUGGCAUCUAUUUGUUGGUAUGUUCACAGGGCUGGACAGCUCCUCACUCGUGACAGAGCCUACAGCCGUGGAAGCCGAAAAAAAGAUGAUUAUGUUGAGUCUGGCACCAAGAAAGAUAACUCUAUCUUGGAGAUCAGAGGUCCAGGGCUCCAAAUGUUGCCCAUAAACCCUCAUCGAGCCAAAGAGGAGUAUGUGAUUCACACCAUUUUUCCUUCUAAUGGAACAAGUCUUUACAAAAGCACCCAGACAAUAGGAUAUGGCACUCACAGAGGGUAUAGAGAUGGUGGUAUCCCUGACACAGACUAUUCAUACACAUGAUGGACUAUAAAGCUUGAACUGACAAGCUUCCCCUAUCCCCACAGUGAAAUUUAAUUUUUACUGGAGCCCACAAUGGAAAGAGAAAAAUAAUAAAACUUAACUGGUGAGGCAUUUAAAGAAAUUAAACUCUGGGGGAUAUUUUGUAGGAAUAAUAAUAAAAAAGAUAAUUAUCAAUAUUCAUGUCUCAACCCUUGAGGAUACAAAAGAAAAAAAUAACAAAGUAGUAGAUAUACAACAAGUUGAAGGGGUCACAUGAGAACUUGAUUACAUUUAAUACUGCAGUUUAAAUCAUUUUAGAACAAAAAGAUAAAUUGUGAGCAGUGAAAGCACUUGGAUACAAUUUGCAUAUAUCCUGAAGGGUUUUUUUUAGUUUUUUUUUUACUUGUUACAUUCAGGGUGAAAAUGAAGAAGUGGUGAGAACAAUUCUUAAAAUCUGUCUGAAAAUCACGUUUUCUUAUUUCUUUUUUUUUCGUCUGAAAAGGUGGGGGU